UCCAAAGAAUGAAGAUUUUUAUAAUAAUUGAUGUUGUCCUUGCAGCUAGCUUGAUGGAUGCCACUAGCAGCUCUGAUCUACAGAACUGUUUGCAAGAGCAUAUACAACUUCAGGGCCAGGUGAGGCUUCUGGAACAUCGUGUGAAACAGCAGCAGUUAAAAAUUAUACAGCUUUUGGAGAAGAAAGAGAUUCAGUACAGUGACAGAGGAGAUGAAAACAGCGUCAUUGACUUGGGAGGAAAAAGACAGUAUUCAGAUUGUGCAGAAAUCUACAAUGAUGGUCAUAAGCAAAGUGGAUUUUAUAAGAUGAAACCUACCCAGAGUCCUACUGAAUUCCUUGCCUUCUGUGACAUGUCUGAAGGAGGUGGUUGGACUGUUUUUCAGCGACGUUCUGAUGGCAGCCAGAAUUUUGAUAGAGUCUGGACUGACUAUGAAAAAGGCUUUGGAAAUUUUGUUUUGACAAAUGGUGAAUAUUGGCUUGGAAAUAAAAAUCUUCAUUAUUUGACUGAUCAAGGGAACUAUACUUUAAGAAUUGAUCUAACUGAUUUUGAAGGAGAAAGGCGUUUUGCACAAUAUGCAAGAUUCAGAGUUGCAGGUGAAGAGCAUUCUUAUGAGAUGAGUUGUGGCGAAUACUCCGGUACAGCUGGUGAUUCCCUUACUGGUGGAUUUCAUCCUGAAGUAAAGUGGUGGGCUGAUCAUCGAGGAAUGAAAUUCAGUACUAAAGACAGGGAUAAUGACAACUAUGAAGGGAACUGUGCUGAAGAGGAAAAGGCUGGCUGGUGGUUUAACAGGUGUCACUCUGCCAACUUGAACGGUUUGUACUACAAAGGCCCCUACACUGCAGAGACAGACAACGGGAUUGUGUGGUACACUUGGCACGGCUGGUGGUAUUCUCUGAAAUCCGUUGUCAUGAAGGUCAGACCAGCAGACUUUGAACCUAAUAUUGUUUAA